AACAUACAGAUUUUUUAAUAUUUUUGAGUAGAGAAAAGUUUGCUGGAUCCAAUAAUAUAAAAUUUGUUAAAUUAUCUCAAAAAAUAGUUAAGCAAUCAGUGGUAGUUUACAGAUGAUCGAAUUUGUCCUUAUUAGGAGCAGCGUGUCUUAUACGAACAAUGAGCCAAAAACUGUUCCUAAUACGAACAACCAGCGAAGAAUAAGCAAAAAGAUUCAAAAAUUACUAAUCAGCUAAUUUCAUCAUCAAAACUUCAAAAUUUUUUAUCACUUCUAUGACAAGAAAAAUGUUCAUCAUGAAGUAAGACAUUAAAAUCCAGAAGUUCAGAUUUUUCUAACUCAUAAUAAACGAGAUAUUAAAUUUAAAAAAUGCCUUGGUAGUUGGAAUUAAGUAGACUGUUCCUAAUAAAGACAUCCAGCAAAAAGAUGUUCUUAAUAAGAGCAGAUAGCUUCAAAUGCACAUCAAAUAAAAUAUUAUUAGUAAACGUACAUUUUCUAUAAUUAAAAUGAAUUUCUUUUUGUACUUCCAGCACAAUAAAUUUUCCUUUAUUAUAAAUCUAUUAUAAUCCAGCGAUUCAUCUCAGUUUGAUUGAUCUUCAUGUGACUACUAUUAUCAACCUCUUUUUUUGAAGUUUCAACAUAAUAUUUUCAAUAUGGCUUGUUUUCUGUAGAUUCAAAUUGCAAUAUUACUCAUGAUUUGAUAGAAUAUUUUUAAAACUUCUUGAAAAGUAUUGCAGAGAUUUAAUUGAAAUCAUCAAAAAGUUUUCUCAAUAUUUCAUCGACAUCUAUUGAUCACAUGAACAACGUAUUGAAGGUGACCAUUGUAACGACAAACUGGGUGAGUAGCUUGCCGCCACCCUUGGUAAUGAUGUUUAUUUGGCUACGUCACAUAUACCACGCGUAUAUAUACGAGAGAGAAGGAGAGAUAUAGAUGAACAUAGAAUAAAACAAUGCAGAGAGAACAGAGAGAGAUAUAUACAUAGGAAAGAGCAAUAUCGAGAUAGGAAAGAGAAGAGGAAGAUCAGUGGAGUGUGAUAUCACUAUCGGCGCAACCAUAUCAGAGCUUCAAUAAUUCAGAAAACAUAAGUUUUCAGAAACAAUUGAAAUUGUCACUUGCAAAUUUUAAACCAAAAGAAGAUGUAAAUUAUGAUUCAUGAAAACAUCACGCCAAUGAUAUAUUACUCUAUAUUUUAUUUGGAUCAAACUCAAUAACAGCAAAUUCAAGUAAUAACAACUAUAUACAAUCAUGUUAUGUUAUUUUAGAAUUAUUCGUUUUCUUAAAAAUAAAAUAUUAUUUUACAGUUGUCUAUUGAUUUACUAGUGUUAUAUUUAUUUUUGUAUUGAAAUAUGAAAAAAUCGAUUAUUCCAAAGAAAAUUUGAUCAACGCUCUUGAAGAAUAUAAAACUGGUGCUACUUCGUCUGAAGUUUCAUUGAAAUACGGUGUUCCUGGAAGUACAGUACGUAACCACAAUUGCAAUUCACAAAUGAGAUUUGGAGUUGGUCAUCCAACUGUACUAACAAAUCAUCAAGAACAAUGUCUGGUCGAAUUAUUGAAAAAUCUUGAAUUUAUUGCUCUACGUUUAAUGAAAGUGGUUGCUAUGAAACUAUUACGUUGUGUAAAAAGUUCGUGCGCCGUGUUAAAGUAA